UACUUCGCGAGCAGAAUCGAGGGGUUUGUUUUCCUCCUGGGCUUGCAGCUUCCGCUGACCUCUCUCUCUCUUCCUCUCUCUCUCUCUCCGCUGCUCAUCGCCGUCGAGGAGCAGCAAUGGAUGCGGGGAAGAAGAAGCCCGUAGUGUCGGACGCGGGGGCUUGGGCCAUGAACGUGGUCAGCGCCGUCGGCCUGAUCAUGGCCAACAAGCGGCUUAUGUCCAACAGUGGCUACGCUUUCUCCUUCGCAACCACUCUAACUGGGUUCCACUUUACUGUGACGGCCAUUGUUGGUUGGAUUUCAAAUGCAACAGGAUUAUCGGUCUCCAAGCAUGUCCCUUUAUGGGAGCUCUUGUGGUUCUCCAUUGUUGCUAAUAUGUCAAUUACUGGGAUGAAUCUUAGUCUCAUGUUGAAUUCUGUUGGAUUUUAUCAGAUAUCAAAGUUGAGCAUAAUACCAGUAGUAUGCUUGAUGGAAUUUUUCUUGCACAGUAAACACUACUCAUCUAGGGUGAUAAUGGCUGUUACAGCUGUGGCAUUAGGUGUCGGUAUCUGCACGGUCACUGAUGUAGAGGUCAAAUCAAAGGGCUUAGUUUGUGCCUGCGUAGCAGUAUUCUGCACAUCAUUGCAGCAGAUUACAAUUGGGUCUCUUCAGAAAAAGUAUGACAUUGGUUCUUUUGAGCUUCUAAGUAAAACCGCACCGAUUCAGGCUAUCUCUCUUCUCCUCUUCGGUCCAACUGCAGACUACUAUCUGAAUGGUCACUUGAUCUUCAAGUACCAUUACUCUAUUGGAGCAUUUCUAUUCAUACUUCUCUCGUGUAUCCUCGCCGUCUUCUGCAAUACUAGUCAAUACCUCUGCAUUGGCCGAUUCUCUGCGACAUCAUUCCAGGUCUUAGGGCACAUGAAAACUGUGUGUGUUUUGAUCCUCGGAUGGCUACUAUUUGACUCAGCUCUGACCCUGAAGAACAUUCUCGGGAUGUUGCUUGCGGUGCUCGGCAUGGUCUUCUACAGUUGGGAAGUGGAGCAUGAGAAGAAAGCUAAGCUGGCUUCAGAUGCAAGAAUCGACAGCGUGUUGGCAAGCGAAGACGCAAGGCUUUUGGGCAAGGAGAGUGGUGCUUCCAAGUAUGAUAUCGAACUUUCCCGUUCAGAGAGCUAGGUCAGUUUACUAUUGUUUGCUCCGCCAAUUGAUUCUACACGUAUUUUUCUCCAUCAGUUAGUUUCAUUCAAUCUUUAACUUCAUCAUUUUCGUCCAAAUUGUUUCGGAAUCAUGUUAAGCACUACGUUUACUAUAUGAACCAUAGUUCCUGUUGUAAUGAAGUAGUUCUAUGUUAUCUGUUUCCAUUA